GAUUCAUAGCAAAGUACAUGAAGUGAAGGACGGCACCGCUCCACGUCAGAGGACAACCUGAAAAAGCAUGAGCUCUCCGAGAGGCCGGGUCCUCUCAGAGGAGCAGUUCACCUGCUCCAUUUGUCUGGAGGUGUUCGUGGAGCCCGUCUCCACACCCUGCGGCCACAGCUUCUGCAAGGCCUGCCUGCAGGGCUACUGGAACCACAGCAAGAAGUUCUCCUGCCCCAUGUGCAAGAAGAGCUACUCCAAAAAACCUGAGAUGAGCGUCAAUAGGGUACUGGCUGAAAUAUCUUCCCAGUUUCAAGGGCUAAUGAUGGCUGGAGGGGACGGUGGGGCCGCCUCACGGGGGUCUACUCUGAAUCUGAGCUCAGAUUCAGGCCACACACGCCACCACAGUGGCUCUCCAGGGCCUGAUACUGGAGAGUUUGCCCAGGCUGGGGAGGUUCCAUGUGAUGCCUGUAUUGGGAGGAAGUUAAAGGCGUUCAAGUCUUGUCUGAACUGCCCUGGGUCAUUCUGUGAGACCCAUCUAAGGCAUCAUAGAAAGGUAAAGUCUUUGUCAUCUCAUCGUCUGAUUGAACCCACUUUCCACCUAGAGGAAAAGAUCUGUAAGAAGCACGAACGUCUUCUGGAUGUCUACUGCCGCACCGACCACACCUGCAUCUGCGCUACCUGCGCCGAGGCCACACACAAGUCCCAUGAAAUCGUCUCCAUAGACCACGAGUGGAAGAAGAAGAUGAGUAAUCUGGGAAAGAAGAGGUCAGAACUGAAACAUCUGAUCAAGGAGAGAUCAAAGAAGCUGGAGGAGAUCAAACAAUCCAUCAAGGUCAUCAAGUCCAGUGCUCAGAAGGAGUUGGAGGAGAGCUGGCAGGUGUACGCCGAGCUGCAGCGUCUGGUGGAGCAGAGUCAGGCGGAGCUGGUGGAGCUGAUCGCCACACGGCAGCGCGAGGCCGAACGUCACGCUCAGGAACUGGCUCGAGGUUUGGAGAAUGAACUGAGCCAGCUGAGGAGGAGGAGCAACGAGCUGGAAGCCUACGCACAUACCCAGGACAAAGUGGUCUUCCUUCAGAAUAUGGCGACGCUGCCGCCGUCACCCGAGCCCACGGAUUGGUCGGCGGUCAGCAUCAACACUGACCUCUACCUGGGAACCAUCCGCUCCUCCGUCAGCAGCCUCUUAGACAAGUUCCAGGAGGAGCUUAAAAGACUGUAUGGGAAAGAACUCAGGAAGGUGCAAAACUAUUCAAGUGAAGUGAUUUUGGACCCUGGCACAGCCCAGAGGAACCUGGUUGUGUCCGAUGAUGGGCGCCAGGUGAGGUAUGAAGAGCGUAAGACCGUCCACUCUGAGGGUCCAAAGCGCUUCAGCCCCGCCCUCUUUGUCUUGGGCCGAGAAGGUCUCAGCUCUGGGCGCCACUACUGGGAGGUGGAUGUGAACCGCAAGACGGCCUGGACGCUUGGCGUGGCACAGGCGUCGGCUCGGCGCAAGGGUGAGAUAAAGCUGAGUCCUGAGGGGGGAUACUGGUGUCUGUGGCUGAAGAGCGGGGAGGUGAAGGCUCUGGCAUCGUCCCGCCUGCCUCUCAUGCUGCCUUCCCCACCCAGUAAAGUGGGAAUCUUCCUGGAUUAUGACGGAGGCCAGAUUUCUUUCUAUGAUGUGAAGGCACGUCUGCAUCUCUAUACUUUUGUUGAUACCUUUAGCGAGAGCCUGUACCCUAUCUUCAGUCCCUGUCUCACCCCGGAGGGCAAGAACACUUCACCUCUCAUUAUAACUCCUGUUAAACACAGCAAGACUGCUGGUAUUUUCCUCAGGGUUAAAGUUAUUCCUCCCGGAGCUCGGAGGGCCAUGACCAGGGAGUAUAAAUUUGUAUCUGGGCCUGUCUCAUGUGUCAGUGAACAGCAGAAUCUCGAGGCAGCUGCUCUCUGCAGGUUUGAUGCCCCGUUCAAAGGCUGGUUACUUGCGCUGACAAUGACGCUGCCUCUCCGCCGUGUAGGAAUGGCCACCACUGGGAACCUUUCUGAAGAGCAGGUGCACUGCUCCAUCUGUCUCGACGUCUUCACCAACCCUGUAUCCAUCCCCUGCGGACACAACUUCUGCCAGAGCUGCAUCCUGGGAUACUGGAAAACCAGCCCUUUGUUCCAGUGUCCUAUGUGUAAGAAGUCCUUCCACAAAAGGCCUGAUAUUAGCGUUAACACUGUGCUGAGGGAAAUUGCAGAGCAGUUCAAGGAGAUUAGGGUUAGAGGUGUGGAAGGGAAGGUGAGCAAAGAGGAGCAAGAGGGUGCAGAAAAGAAGUGGACAAUGGAAAGAAGGAAAAAUGAGGACGAGGAGAGGCUUUUGGAGAAAGAUCAGAAGCAGCAGCUUCUGGAGGAGCUGAAGCAGAAACAAGAGGAGGAGCGGAAAAAGAAAGAGUGGUCAGCAAAGCAAAAACCAGAAGAGAAGAAGCCACCACAAGAGGAGUUACCUCCAUUAAUCCCUCCUGUGUCAGUACCCAAAACCUCUCCUCCACCGUCACCCCAAGCCACAGCUCAGGGUCCUCCACCUCCACUUCCCCAAACAUCACCCCCACCCUCACCUCAAAUCCCUGCUUCUCUGUCUCCUCAAACCUUACUUUCACCUCCCACCGCCUCUCUCCCACAUCCUUCCUGGGAGGAGGUCCUGUGUGACGUUUGCCUCGGCGAAGGCAGGCCGAAAGCGGUCAAAUCCUGCCUCGUCUGUCUGACAUCGUACUGCGAGGAGCAUCUGAAAUCUCACUCGGCCAGGUUCACCAAGCACAAGCUAAUGGAUCCGGUCGCUAACAUGGAGGACAGGAUGUGUCCAAAGCACGAGAGGCUCCUGGAGCUGUUCUGUAAGAAGGAUCAGACUUGUGUGUGCGUCCUCUGUACUGAGACUGACCACAGGGCGCACUACACCGUCCCUGUGGAGAGGGAAUGGAUGGAGAAGAAGGCACAGCUGAAGAGGACAGAAAUAGACGUCCAGCAGAUGAUCCAGGACAGAGUGAAAAAGGUGGAGGAGAUCAAAAACUCUGUAGAGCUCAACAAAGCCAGUGCUCAGAGAGAGAUCGAGGAAAGCAUGCAGGUCUUCUCAGAGCUGGUGCGCUCCAUCCAGAGGACUCAGGCCGAGCUGGUUUUGGCCAUCGAGGAGAAGCAGAGGCAGACGGAGAGGUGGGCUGAAGGCCUCAUCACUGAACUGGAGCAGGAAAUCUCUGGGCUGAAGAGGAGGAAUACAGACCUGGAAAACGUGGCUCGGACCGACCACAUUAAUUUCUUAAAGAGCUUCCCAGCCCUUAGCACUCCUCCAUCGGUUAAAGACUGGUCUGAUACCAGUGUCCCCACUGACAUGUGUAUAGGUAUGAUCAGGAGAUCCGUGUCCAAACUGGAGCUGACGUUAAAUGACAUGAUUGACAAACUGGCUGAGAGCGAGAUCAAAAAGAUUCAGAAAUACACAGCGGAUGUCACUCUGGACCCUGACACAGCCAACCCGUGGUUGCAGCUUUCUCAGGACAGACAUCAGGUGAGACACCUGGGAGCGUGGCAGGACCUCCCAGACCACCCUGACCGCUUUGACACGGUGGUCAUUGUCCUGGGCCGUGAGGGCUUCACCUCAGGGAGACAUUACUGGGAGGUCCAGGUGGGGGACAAGGAUGACUGGUACCUGGGAGUAGCCAGGUCUUCUGUUAACAGAAAGGGCAGGAUCUCUGUAAGCACCACUCAAGGAUACUGGGCUCUGGCCAUGAAGAAAGGCCAGGGGUACCGGGUGUCAACAUCUCCACCGUUACUGCUCACCCUCAUCCCCAAGCCCAAGCGAGUGGGUGUGUAUGUAGACUACGAAGAGGGGCAGGUGUCGUUUUAUGACGUGAGAGCUUGGACACACAUUUACACGUUCAAAGACACAUUCAUGGAGAAGAUUUUGCCUUUUUUCUACCUGUACUGCUGCGACAAAGCAUCCGAUACCAUCAUGAUCUGUCCUGUGAAUGAGAAAACCUUGAUUAAACAAAGCUAAGGACACGUUUGACAGUAAAAACACUGAAAAGCCUUGAAAUGCAUGACAAGCAAAAAAAUUUGAAGAAAGUAUUUAAAAAUUCAUAAUCACAUAUUGAUUUUUAAUUAUGUGUGACUGCUGUAUGCUGUAAGAGACGUGUUCAUGUGUUUAUAACAAUAAAUUUUCUUUCAAAUAUU